CCAAAAAAAAAACUCCGGAAGAGAAAAAGGAAAGCAAAAACCACUCAUCAGACUUGAAUGUCUUUCUGUCUACAAAAGCCAACAACAAUUCGGAAUUGGAUUUUCCAGGAAAUCGCUUAACAUAAAAGUGCUUCUUGAUUUGUCUCAAUCGCACAAGCAGAAAUUCGGAAACAAAAAGGAAAGACAAAAUAAAAAAAAUAAAGAGAGUAAGAGAGAUACAUCGAACUUUCUCGGCGUUGUUGUAUUUUGUCCCCCUUUCCUCGCCGUUCUUGUCCUUUUCUGCUUCGGCUUCUCUGUCUAUAUAAAUCGAUUUGGUUGCGUGAGAAGAACAUUUCUGUUCUGCCCCUUUCGUUGUUCUGCUCCUCUCGCCGGUAAAGCACAUAGCGCGAAUCCCUUUCCGCAGAAGCAUGGCCUCACACUCAUUGGGGCAAUCUACAGAAGGGAAAAUGAGGAAUUCUCAAAGGGGGAAGAUGCCACUAAUUGUGGACCUCAACUAUCCAGCUCCUUGUGAGGACAUGGUUCUAAAUGCCAGAUGUUCUUGGGACAAUAGUCAACAAGUUCAGGUUGAAAUAUAUGGUCGGUCAGAAGCACAAGCUUCAAAUGAUUGUGAGGUUGUCGAUGAUGAAGUUGUCAUAAUUUCCCCAAGGGUAUAUGCUCAAGCCAAGAAUAACUCCAGGAGAAACCUUGAGGUGAGAGAUGGGUCUGCUACAAACUCUGAAAGGCAAAAUGGCCAUACAGAUGUGCCUCCUCAAUUACCUGUACCUCUACUUCCUCUUCAUUGCCACAAGCGUAGAAGAACUUUACGAAAUCAAGCAGUUUUGAAUUGGGAGCAUCAUUUUAGCUUGGAAGACAAUGACGAAAACAAGACAAAGGAAGUGUCUAUUCCAGAACUUGCUGAGAACACGCCACCCCCAGAGACACCCUCCUUCAGCUGCCCAAUAUGCUUGGGCCCGUUGAAUGAAGAAACCUCAACAAAGUGCGGUCACAUCUUCUGCAAGAUGUGUAUUGAAGCCUCAAUAAAAGUUCAGCACAAAUGCCCAACUUGUCGUAAAAGGCUUAGAAAGAAAGACACCAUCAGGAUAUACCUGCCUACCAAAUGAUUGCAGGGUGGAUAGGUAUCACAGGGAAAGGGCAAUUUUGGUGAAGCUUGCACAAUAUCUAUUGCUUUUCCUAUACCUUAUUAGGUUUGUCAUUUCCUAUGGGUCUUCUUCUUGUAUUGGGGCUGCCUCGUUCUAGAAUUUACAGGUUAACUAGCUCAGGCAUAUGUAAAGUUCAGAAACUCUCACAUUUGCCAAAACUGUGGUGCCGGGCUUCGUCGAAAUAGUUCCUUCAUGACCCUAUUCUUUUGGUAUUCCGUUAGCAGACGGCAGGCAGCACUGUGCUGAACCAUAAUAGUAAGGAAAUGUUUUGUCGACGAAGUGCUGCUUCUUGCUGUGUUUGUGAAAGAACAAUAGUCUGUCUCUGUAUUGGAUUCUAAUUGGACACUGCUAUUUUUUUUUCCAUUAUUUUUUGUUUCGUUCUUGUGCCUGAUUUAUUAAUUUCAAGGUUAUGAUUUUCGCACUCUUUUAGCCACUUACGCUCCAAAUUGGAUAUUUUACGAGCUUUUCACUCCAUGUUUAUGAAGCGAUGAUUUUGAGAUUUUUUGGGUUUCCCUGCCCGGUCUUUCCUAUUGAGAGUUGUCCCACAUCGGUGAGGGACAAGAUUUGCUAUGUGCUUAUAUGGUUUUGGGCUACUUUUUAUAUUGCCAAUUGGUUUUAUAGUAGAAUCUCAAUUUCAUCAUGGUAUCAGAGCAAAGUUGUCCACAUGUGAAGUCCAACGGCCACACGCGCUCUACGUCACCCAGUUGUUGUCCACGUGUAGGCAUGAAAAUUCGCCACGAUGAGGGACAAGGUUUGCUAUGUGCUUAUAUGGUCUUGGGUUACUCGUCAUAUUGCCAAUUGGUUUUAUGGUGGAACCUCAAUUUCAUCGUUUCCUUCUUGGGUUAAAAUUCCUUUUGGUCACUCUAAAUCUUAAUCUGGUCGCUGUAUUUGAGAGGUAUUCAUAUUCACACAGUACUCAAUUUUCUCGGCUGCAUCGAAUGAAUUGAAUAACAUAGUAACAAAGGUGUUUGGGGAGGGAGAAAAUUUGAAUGUCGGGAACCAGCAUUAGCAGCAAGAUCAACCCUUUCCAUGGCGACGACGGCAUCUUCAUCCUCCUCUCUCUGUUUCACAAACACAAGACCCUUCACCAUUUGAAGCAAAUUCACUCCGUCCUCGUCACCGCUGGCCUCUCACACAACUCUUUCUUCCUCGACCAACUUGUGACUACCAUUGCAGCAUCUCAGCCUACCCAUCUCGCCUACGCUUCGCUACUUGUCGACCGCAUCGAAGCACCCGUCACUCACCUAUGGAACUCCAUCAUCAGAGCAUUCUCUGCGAGUUCAGAGCCUCAGAGGUCACUCCUUUUUUACGCAAAAAUGCGCACGACUGGCGUUGCUCCGGACAAGCACACCUUCCCUUUGCUUCUCAAGUCAUUUUCCAAGUUGAAAAACGAAAACCCAUUUCAGUUUUACGCUCAAAUAGUUAAGUUUGGAUUGAGUUCUGACCAAUUUGUGAAGAAUUCGUUGAUAUCUGUGUUUUCUGGUUGUGGGUGCUUAGAGUCUGCCUGCCAGGUGUUUGAUGAAAGUACCCAGAAGGAUGUGAUUUCUUGGACUGCAUUGAUUGACGGGUAUGUCAAAAAUGAUCGGGCUGUGGAAGCAAUGAAGUGUUUUAUGGAGAUGAGAUUGAUGGGAAUUAGAGUCGAUGAGGUGACGAUUGUUAGUGUUCUUUGUGCUGCCGGAAUGGCUGGCGAUCUUUGGUUCGGACGCUGGCUUCAUGGGUUCUAUGUGGAAACAGGUAGAGUACAAUGGGACGUCUACGUUGGUAGCGCUCUACUGGAUAUGUACAUGAAGUGCGGCUACCAUGACGAUGCUCGUAAAGUUUUUAAAGAAUUGCCGAGUAAAAAUGUAGUUUCUUGGAGUGCUUUGAUAGCAGGUUAUGUGCAGUGUAAGAGAUACAAAGAUGCAUUGCUAGUUUUGAAAUACAUGCAUUCAGAACAUGUUAAACCUAACCAAUUUACAUUGACGAGUGUGCUUACCUCUUGUGCUGACUUAGGGGCACUGGAUCAAGGUAGGUCGGUUCAUGGCUAUAUAUAUAGGCAUAAGAUACAAGUGAACUCAUUACUUGGAACGGCAUUAGAUAUGUACACGAAAUGUGGGUGCCUUGGUGAAGGUCUAUCCAUUUUCCGAAAGUUGCCAACCAAGGACGUCUUUGCUUGGACCGCCGUAAUUAGUGGUUUGGCAAUGGGUGGUAAUGCUUUAGAUGCUUUGAACUUCUUCUCGCGUAUGUUACAGAGUGCGGUUCUGCCUAAUGAAGUUACAUUCAUUGCUGUUCUUAGUGCUUGUUCUCAUGGAGGUCUUGUAGACGAGGGGAUGAAGCUUUUUGGAUCGAUGAAGGAGGUUUUUCAUUUGGAGCCUAAUGUAGAUCACUAUGGUUGCAUGGUUGAUUUACUCGGAAGGGCUGGGUACUUGGAGGAAGCACGAAAAGUUAUCGAGGACAUGCCAAUGGUGCCUUCAGCUGGUGUAUGGGGAGCUCUGCUCGGUGCCUGUAUGAUUCAUAAGAAUUUCGAGCUAGGAGAACUCGUUGGAAAUCAUCUGAUCAAGCUACAGUCCGAUCAUAGCGGAAGAUAUGUACUUCUGGCAAACUUGUAUUCGACAUGGAAUAAAUGGGAAGCAGCUUCUGGCAUAAGGAAGCUCAUGAAAGGGAAACGCGUCGAGAAGAUAACGGGGUGUAGCUGGAUCGAAGUGAAUGGUGCAGUUUUCGAGUUUACUGCAUUCGACGAAUCGCAUUCUGAAUCGGAUGAUAUAUAUGUGAUGUUGGACAACAUGUUCUUCCAACUGAAACGGGCUGGUUAUGUUCCAGAUGCUAACCUAUUUGGGUUUGACAUUGAUGAAAGUUGACGAGGGUGAUCACUGGUCAGAUUUGAACUUUUA